UCCGUAAGCAAUGUGGGACUUCUCAAAUUUUAAACAGAAAUCUAUUUAAAAGAAAAAUAAAGGGAAAAGUUCCUCGAAUUUGUAAAAAAAAAAAAAUGGGAAGCGAAAGAAAAUCUGAGAAGAAGCAGAAGACCAGUCGGAAGAGAAGUUCUUCUCCUUCACCUUCCCAAGAUGAGGGAAGAAGGAAGAGGCAUAAAUCAGUGGAAGAUGAUGAAAGGAAAAGUAGAAAGAGUAGCAGUGAUAAGAAAGAGAAGCUUAAAGACAAGAAAAGCCAUAAACGCCAUUCUGAUAAAGAAAAGAAAUCGAAGGAUAAGCACAAAGAUAAACAAGGGAAAGGUGAUCAUACGAAUUAUGAAUUCAAGGAACUGACCAAAGAUGACUACUUCUCCAAGAACAAUGAGUUUUCCACUUGGCUGAAAGAUGAGAAGAAGAUUUUCUUUUCAGAUUUGUCGUCGGAGGCUGCACAUGAUUUGUUCACAGAUUUCAUCAAGGCAUGGAACAAACACAAACUUGAUUCUCGGUAUUAUGAAGGCAUCGUUACCGGUCCCAGGACUGCUCAUAAGUGGAGAAUUAAGGUUUGAAUGUAGAAAACAGGCCCUCUUGUUUUGCUUUAGAUCUCACUUUUGUUUUGUAUUUUAGGAUCUUGCAGUCUACUCAGGUAGUGUGUAGUAGGCAUGACUAGUAUCUACUUUAAGUAUAUACAGUAUGUGAUCUUAGUGAAAUGGAAAAUGAAAAGAAGGAAAAUUGAUCCUA